GUUGCUGAAAUUAGGGUUUGCGACAGUUGUAUUUUCUUGACGGCUGAUGACAUGUCAACAACAAACAUGGCAACCAGCAGCAACUAUUGGGAAGAUUUACGUAAACAGGCCAGACAGCUGGAAAAUGAGCUGGAUCUCAAGCUGGUCUCCUUCAGUAAGCUCUGCACCAGCUUCAGCAGCAGCAGCAGCAACCGGGACCAGCAGACAAGAGACAGCAGGUCGGAUUCUGCCGGCUCAUUUCAAGACAAUAUGCUUUUGGCCAUGACUACUGAGCUGGAGCAGCUAUUGACCAAUCUUACUGCAGUCAAUGACAAGAUGGUAGGAUACACAAACACUCCGGGGGCUUCAUCACAUAACGCAGCAUUGAUGCACACCUUACAGAGACACAGAGACAUUUUACAGGACUAUACUCAUGAAUUCCACAAAACCAAAAGCAAUUUCCACAGUCUGCGAGAGCGAGAGGACCUACUAGGCUCUGUUCACAGAGACAUUGAGUCUUACAAGAGCAGCACAGGAGUGAAUAACAGAAGGACUGAGCUCUUCCUCAAGGAACAUGAACAUCUCAGAAGCUCAGAUAGUCUUAUUGACAAUGCAAUAAGUAUCGCCAUGGCUACCAAAGAGAACAUCACAUUUCAGCGUGGGGUGUUGAAGUCCAUUCAAACCAGGGUCACAACUUUGGCCAAUCGUUUCCCCACCAUCAACAGUCUCAUCCAGAAAAUCAAUUUGCGCAAGAGGCGGGACUCUCUAAUUCUAGGCGGGGUGAUAGGCGUCUGCACCAUACUCCUGUUGCUCUACACGUUCCACUGAUUUGCCGGUGAACUGGAGGACUGUUACUUUCUUUAAGAACAUGUUUUUCAUUCUAAGACUUUUUUAUGUUUUCAUACUGUAAUUAACGCUCCUUAAAACAUCAAUUUAAAGAGUUAAAGGAUUCUAUUUUUUAGAAUACAAAUAUAUCACCUAAAAAGUCUUAAUUGAGAUAGUUGCAAUUUUCAGAUUGGAGUUUAUUUAUUUUCGGAAUUAUGAUAACACUUCCAUCUUGGAUUUUAUGUAUUGCUGCACAUAUAUCCUGUUGUAAUGUUAACUCUUUAUGAAUGUAUGAAGUCAUAUUGUGUACUACUGUUGAUGUCAUACUUCUUUAUAUAGUGUUGGCUAAUAAAAUAAAGGUGAUGAGUUUAA